CUUCCUCGUGGGACAAUGGAUCUGGUGCUUAGAACCAGGGAAGUGUUUGCUCUGAGGCUGACCCAGAGCUCUGACUUGAGUGUUCUGUGUGCUGCCACUGUAGCACAUAUCCCUGUGCUUGCUGAUGUCGCCUCGUUUUUCCAGGUUGAAAUCAAGGAAGCAGGUAGCAAUGUGCCAGGCAGCAACCCCGAAGAUGCGGCUUUCCAGACCCCUCUGACUCAGGAAUCCUGCUGCAAGUUUCCAUCGUCCCAGGAGGCAGAGGAAGCUUCCAGCUGCCCUCGGAAGAAAGACUCCAGUCCCAUGGGUGACACCUGCAGUGAACCCAGGACUGGUCAUCACUGUGGACCAUUACCAACUGAGUGCGUGCUGGUGAUCUGUCAGCUGAAAGGAGGUGCCCAGAUGCUCUGCAUAGACAACUGUGGCGCCAGGGAGCUCAAGGCACUCCAUCUGCUUCCUCAGUAUGACGACCAGAACAAUUUCCCACAGUCAGAUCUCCCUAAGCCAAUGACAACUUUAGUGGGAAGACUUCUGCCAGUACCAGCAAAGUUAAAUCUCAUCACACAGGUUGAUAAUGGAGCUCUCCCACCGACUGUCAAUGGAACUGCCUUCCCCUCAGGACCCACUAUGCAAGGCCCACCCAAAAUAGCUCUGGCUGGAUACUGUGACUGCUUUGCCAGCGGGGACUUCUGCAACAGCUGCAGCUGCAACAACCUACGCCAUGAGCUCGAGCGCUUCAAAGCCAUUAAGGCAUGUCUUGAUAGAAAUCCCGAAGCUUUCCAACCAAAAAUGGGGAAAGGCCGGCUGGGCGUGUCUAAGCUGCGGCACAGCAAAGGGUGCAGCUGUAAGCGCUCAGGCUGCCUGAAGAACUACUGCGAGUGCUAUGAGGCCAAAAUCAUGUGUUCUUCGAUUUGCAAAUGCAUUGCUUGCAAAAACUAUGAAGAAAGCCCAGAGCGAAAACUGCUGAUGAACACACCCCACUAUAUGGAGGCUGGGGACUUUGAAAGCAACCACCAUCUGUCCCCAGCCAAGUUCUCAGGACCUCUAAAACUGAGAAAAAAUAGGCAGAGCUUCUCCUGUAUCUCCUGGGAAGUAGUGGAGGCCACAUGUGCCUGCCUGCUGGCCCAGGGUGAGGAGGCAGAGCAAGAGCGCUGCUCUCCAAGCUUGGCUGAGCAGAUGGUCCUGGAGGAGUUCGGAAGAUGCCUGUCACAGAUUCUCCACAUCGAGUUCAAGUCCAAGGGGCUGAAAAUUGAGUAGAGUGCAAGCUGGUAAAGGGAAUGCCUGUGGCAAGCCUCAGCUUUGGGGAGUUUGCACCUAGGAAGGUGGUACCACGGGAGGGGCAUGAGGUCCCUGCAACAUGGCCAGGCCAGUCAACCAUGAGGUCUGAGCCAUCCCACUGUGUUGGAUCAGCCAGCCUGCUCCAGCCACCCUGAAGUACAGGCAGGCAGAAUUGUCCUGGGAGCUGGACACAGGCCCUCCUGUCCCCAAGGAGCCCCUCUGGGGACCCCCUGCCCUGCAUAAGAAAAGAGUGGCUUUCUGAUUGUUGUUAUAUGUUCGCUUUUCAAAUCGCUUAGUAGUUUUCCCAUUCGAGUUGUUAUGAGCCUUUAUGGAGGCUUUAAGUGUCCAAAGAUCAAGGCUCUGCAGGUACCCCAAGUCACAGGUCAGGUGACCAGCAGUGGUCUUCCAGGCCAGGCCUGUGACAGCGAGUGUGGUAAGGGGGUCAGGUGGGAGCUAAUUUUUCUGAAUUUCUGCUUGAAUUGAGAAAGCUGUCUCCUGUCCAACCCUCAUCCCAACCCUCAUCUCCACAAUUACUGUUACAUUGUGGCCAGCAAAACAGUUGCAGUGACCAGCUUGCAGACACCAGCAGGUGAAGCGGGCGAUUGUGCCCAUGCUUCGCGUUCUGUUGUGAGAGUGAACCUUUCCAGAUUCCCAGUUGGACCUAGGUUAGUAGUUGAAAAUAAAAAAAAAAUUGUCUCAAUAGCCA